CACCUGCCACCGACAGGCGGGGGCCAUCGCUCGUGCCCCACCGCAGGCGCCUACCUUGCACUAGCACUCUAGCAGCAACGUCGUCGGCGUGCACCCUGACGGCAGCUCCACCGCUCAGCCCGCCGCCGGGUCCCCCGCGCUCCUAGGCCAGUUGCCCAGUUGUUCAGUCACGAGACGGGCGCUGCCUGAGGCCGGCCAAACCCUGCUUCGCUGUUCGCCGUGCCCGCCUCGCGAUUCCCCUGAUUUCAGUAAGUCCUUCCCCGUACCCCCACCGUGGCCAGCCACCACUAUAUCACGUCACGUACUCGCGCGCGUCCCCUUGCGUCCCCCGCCCGUGUCCACCCAGUCCCCGCCUCGUCCGGCCUCGCUGCUCGAUAGGAUUUGGUUAUAGAGAUCCGUUCGCCGGGGCUGGGCGCUAGUAGCCAGCCAACACAACAAGUCCACCCAGCCAGGAUCCAGCAGCGAAAGGGCAUGGCCGGCGGCGGGGACGGCGGCAUGGGCCCGAUGGCGAUGGCGCCGCCGCACGGGGGCGCUCACGCGGGCAAGGCGGCGCCACCCCCAGCGGGCUCGCACAUGGGGAUGAUGCACAUGACCUUCUUCUGGGGCGACCGCGCGGUGGUGCUGUUCCCGGGGUGGCCCGGCGCGCGCGGCGCGGGCGCCUACGCCCUCUGCCUCCUCUUCGUGCUCGCGCUCGCCGCGCUCACCGAGGCGCUCGCCGCGGCCUCGCGGUGCGUCGCCCGCCGCGGCGCCGCCGGCGCGGGCCGUGACGGCGGGCGCGGCGCCCCGGCGUCCUCGGCCGCGCUGCUCACGGCCGCGCACGCCGCAAGGAUGGGGACGGCGUAUCUCGUCAUGCUGGCCGUCAUGUCCUUCAACGGCGGCGUGCUGCUCGCCGCCGUGGCCGGGCACGCGCUCGGCUUCCUCCUCGCGCGCAGCAGGGUGCACCCUGGGGGUGGCGGCGCCGCCGCCGCCGCCCGUGACCGUGAGCUCGCCGCUGCCCCGGAUGGCUCCAAGGCCUAGGCUGCAGUGCAAAUGCAGUUGGGGGGUUAAACUAAUGGCUGUCUCGUGUUGUCUUUUGCUGUAGGCAUCUGAAAAUUAUGGAUACUCUUUUCCAAGUCCGGAAUGCCGUUGCCAUGGCUGUCAUCUCGUUGUUCUUUUCUGUGUCAUGGAUUACGCUGGAAGAUGGCAUGAUGUCCCUUGCUAAGAGAACUUCCAGAGUGACUUGAUUUACUGUAUCCUGUGUUUAUAUCGAAGAAAGUAUUUCUGUGGUGAAUGAUAAUUGAUAAUGUCAACUGUUGUGCUAUC